AUGUCAAUGCUACGUCAAGUUCGUCAAUUUCAUGCUACCGCUAGAAAAUUGGACUUCUCCAAGAUGUCCAUUGUUGGCCGUAUCGGCUCUGAGUUCACAGAAAACACAUCAGCCAAUAAUCACCGCUACUUGAGAUACAGCAUUGCCUCUCAGCCAAGAAAGGAUGGGCAAACAAACUGGUAUAAUAUUACUGUUUUUAACGAGCCACAGAUCAAUUUCCUUACUCAAUACGUAAGAAAAGGUGCUCUAGUAUAUGUUGAGGCCGAUGCUGCUAAUUUUACUUUUGAAAGACAAGAUGGUACUAAAGGUACUACUCUAAGCCUUGUGCAGAAGGAUUUUAACCUAUUGAGAAAUGGUAAAGCUGAAGAAACCCCAGAAGGGUCCUCAUAA